GUCUGAUAACCACAACUUCAAGGAAACUGGACCGUGAACAACAAACAGAACAUGUUUUAGAGGUGUUGGUGUCAGACGGGGGUCCAGGAGCCAGGCAGAGCACAGUGUGGGUGAUGGUUCAGGUUCUGGAUGAAAACGACAACAAGCCCACGUUUCCAGAGAAGGUCUACCAGGUGAAACUCCCAGAGAGAGAGCGCAGAAAGAAGGGCGAGGCCAUCUAUCGGGUGUUUGCCUACGACCGCGACGAUGGGCCCAACAGCGACCUCUCCUACAGCAUCGUGGACGGAAACGAUGACGGGAAGUUCUUCAUAGACCCCAAGACUGCAGUGGUGUCUUCACGCAAGGCCUUCACUGCCGGCAGCUAUGACAUCCUGACUGUCAAAGUGACAGAUAACGGGCGUCCUCAGAGAUCCUCCACGGCUCGCCUGCACAUCGAGUGGAUCCGGCGACCCCCCCCCUCCACGCUCCCCUUGCUCUUCGAUGAGCAGUUCUACAAUUUCACUGUCAUGGAGAAUGACAAGGUGUCAGAGAUUGUGGGCGUGGUCUCCCUGCAGCAGAGCUCCGCCCUCGUGUGGUUUGACAUCACAGGUAAACACCCCCCUGUAGGUGAGGGCGAUCCUCUAUCAGCCGGUGGAGAGCUGUGUGUAGUGUGA